GAGACAUCAACAGCAGCAGGACAGCCCCCAAGUGUGAUACUCACAUCCAAGAGACAUGACGUGUCCGCAGCUCCUGUUUGUGUGGUGGUGCUCCAGCAUCCUCGCAGUGACCAGCUGCAUCAGAGUUGAUGGAUAUUCGUGUGUCAGUGCCUACUGGAACAUGGUUACUUGUGUGCUGAAUAUCACUGAUAAUCCCGUGGGACGGUCCAACACCACCUACAGCCUGAAAUUCAUUGAUUUGUGGGGGAAAGACCCAAUUUCCUGUCCGCUUGUGGUGAUGAAUCACAGUUACAGCUGUGUGUGUGAACUCAUGGACGACUCAGACCACUUUAUGGAUAUAGAUGAAUAUGGCAUAAAACUUUGUCAUGAAUCCGGCUGCCUUCCUGUGAUAGAGAAGUUUUUACCAUCAAAGCAAAUUCAGCUGACGCCCCCGCACAAAGUUGAGAUCCAAGAAACACCAGACACUGUUAAUGUCACGUUGAAAAGUGGGUAUGAAGGCCAUCGGUACCUCAACGAUGGCCUGGACUAUGAACUAUUACUUCAAACAUCUCAAAGCAGCAGGACUCUUCAUUCCAAAUCAAAUCAAUUCCAAGGGUCCAUAUCGAUUCCAAGGUCAGAACUGAAACCAAAUGCUACAUAUUGCCUUAAAGUGAGAUCCAUACCUAACAAAGGGGCUUAUAAGGGCACUUGGAGCGAAUGGAGUCCAUCGACAUGCUGGAAAAAUGAAGCAGGAGAAAAACAAGUAAAUAUAUUAGUCAUUCUGAUCAAAUCUCUGGGCCCAGUGUGUGUCGCUGUUGGAGUCCUGCUGUUUGUGUUCUACGGUCCUGCUGCAAGAAUGAAGAUAAAAACUCUGUCGCACACACCAUCACCGGCUCCUUUCUUCCAACCUCUGUUUCAACAACACGAAGGCAAUUUCCAGGAAUGGUUUUCACCUCGAGGCAGAUUUGUGCUGACAUAUAAAGCUGAAGAGAUCCUGAAAACCGAUGCUGUGAAUGUUGUCCCGAAUCCCAUUACAAAAGAGCCAGAGGAGAACCAGGACUUCCACAACCUUCCAGUAACACAACUGGUGUUCCCUCAGUGUCAAAGCUCCUAUGUUGGCUUACCCGGGGUACAUGAGGCCCCUCCCCCUUUAACUCUGGUCUGUCCAGGGGACAUGUCUUACACUCAGCUGCCCUGCUCUGUCUGGGGCGUCGGCAUUGGAGAAGUAGAAGUUCCACCUCCUCUCUUCUCCUCUCCACCUAAAGAUCUCUUCAACAUCAGCCGUGAGGACUCCGGCUGUGAGGACCUGACCCAAAGCCCUGAGUGCAGUGUACUUAACAGUCCCGUUGACGACAGUCCACCACCAUGUUACUGCAGUGAUUACUGCAUUCUCAACAAAACAGCAGAAGGUUUCGCUCCUGUUUUAGUGUCCAGAGGAAACAACCUAAAUGAUCAGUCUGAUUCCCCGCAAGAGGGUGAGAGCUAAGAAAUUAUCCUGUCAGUUGGCUUGGAGAAAACAGACGUCACAAUACCAGUCACACUGAUCACGAUGACUGUAUAUCGCAAAGCAGGAAGUAGUCACAAUCAGAUUUGAUGCUUGCAUGCUUACACACACACACUUACUGUAUGUUUUGUGUUUUUUAUUUAGCCAGGGAAGAUUUUAUGUGUGUUUUUGAAUGUACCUGAUUAUGUCUCUGUCUAUAAAGCAAACACAACACAGAGAAGGCUUCUGCCCUGGCUGAGUCACAGAGUAUGUUACACUUGAUGAAGCCUUUGCAAUACAGACUGCAGAAUGUAAUGACACAUGAAUGUGUGUUUCUUUGAAAUGUUUUUAAUGCACAGCUGAACAUUUUUUAUUUGCUUGUGCUGACACUGCCUUCACCGUUUAAUGAAGAUUAAUGAUGAGGACCAACUACAGAUGUGUCGCCUGGGUGAAGCCAGUCGGCAUGAGUGGAUUAUGAGUCAGCGGGUCCCUGGGCACAGAUAUGCAAAAGGCUCCACCACCUGUCCUCCACAGCAGCAAGACACAGGCUGUGUAGUUGUUUUGUGUCUCUUUGUAGUCGAUAUGCAUCUCUCUGUGGUUUUGUGUUUCUGUGUAGUUUUUUGUAGUCCCUUUGAGUCUUGCUGGGUCUCUUUGUAGUUGGUUUGUGCCUCUUUGUGGUCAAUAUGCAACUCUCUGGUUUUGUAAUUGUCGUCAUUUUGAGUCUGGUUGUUGUUGCUUUCUGUCUCUUUGUAGUCAUUUUGAAUGUGUUGUUGCUCUGUGUCUGUUUGUUGUUGCAUCGUGACUCUUUGUGGUCAUCUUAAAUCUCUUUGUAUAGUUAUUUUGAGUCCCUUUGGUAGUUGUUGUGGGUCUCGUGUCGCUCUGCAGCUCUUUUGUAUCUCUUUGUAGUUUUGUGUCUCUUUGUAGUCGAUAUGCAUCUCUGUGGUUUUGUGUUUCUUUGUAGUUUUUUGUAGCUGUUUUGAGUCUUGUUGUUGCUUUUUGUCUCUUUGAAGUCAUUUUGAGGCUGUAGUUGCUUUGUGUCUCUUUGUUGUUGCGUUAAGACUCUUUGUGGUCAUCCUAAAUCUGUUCGUGUUGUAAUUUUGUGUCUCUUUGUAGUUUUGUGUCUCUUUGUGGUUGUUUUGCCCCUUUUUUGUAGUUGUUGUGAGUCUUGUUGGGUCUCAACAGCUGUUUUGUGUCUCUUUGUGGUGGAUAUGCAUCUCUCUGUGGUUUUGUGUUUCUUUGUAGUCAUUUUGAGUCUUGUUGCUGCUUUGUGUCUCUUUGUUGUUGCCUCAUGACUGUUUAUAGUCAUUUUGUGUCUCUUUGUAGUUUUUUUGUCUCUUUGUGGUGAUUUAGAGUCUCUUCUUUAUCAACACGUGUUAAUUUGAGUGGCAUUUUGCAGGUGAAGGCCAGGGCCCCCCUGACACUUUGGGCCCCUGGGCCUGUGCCCUGUAGCCCGUUCAGAGAUGCAUCCAUCCAUGUCAGUUGGUACUGCUUCUAAAAAACCAAAUGAGUCAAAUGCUCAGGAUAUACAGUAUUUCCCCAAGGGGAUCAAUAAAGAAAAAUGUUAAUAUGACUGUUUCUCUAUCAGUUUCUGCAUUAAUAGGCACAGUUACACUCCCUGCCUACUGAAAAGAAAGUGGACGUUUUGUGUACGUGCAUGUUCUGUACAACAUCUGUUGCACGUCUGUCCAUCCUGGAAGAGGGAUCCCUCCUCAGUUGCUCUUCCUGAGGUUUCUACUGUUUUUUUCCCCCUGUUAAAGGGUUUUUUGGGGGAGUUUUUCCUUAUCUGCUGUGAGAGUCCAAAGGACAGAGGGAUAUCGUAUGCUGUAAAGCCCUGUGAGGCAAAUUGUGAUUUGUGAUAUUGGGCUUUAUAAAUAAAAUUGA